AUGGUUUUACACUGUGAAAGACAAAGCAUGUUACUUCAAAAGGGCGUCUGCGUGGUUUCCUCCGGUGGAGAGGCAGUACGAGGGAUGAAUUGGUCGGGCCUGGAGAGCCUCCUGAGCGGGGUGAAUAAGUACUCCACCGCCUUCGGGAGGAUCUGGCUGUCCAUGGUGUUCGUGUUCAGAGUGAUGGUGUUUGUGGUGGCCGCGCAGAAGGUGUGGGGAGACGAGAGCAAGGAUUUUGUCUGCAACACCCGACAGCCGGGCUGCACCAACGUCUGCUACAACCACAUCUUCCCCAUCUCGCACAUUCGCCUGUGGGCACUGCAGCUCAUCUUCAUCACCUGCCCGUCGCUCAUGGUCAUCGCUCACGUCAGGUUCAGAGAGGGGAAAGACCAGAAGUAUGAGGCCGAGCACCACGGCUCACACCUGUACGCGAACCCAGGGAAGAAGAGGGGGGGGCUGUGGUGGACCUACCUGGUCAGCCUCAUCUUCAAAGCAGGGUUUGACGUGUCCUUCCUCUACAUACUCUUCAGGAUAUACCACGGAUAUGACCUCCCCAGGUUGUCCAAAUGCUCCUUGGACCCGUGCCCAAACACCGUGGACUGCUUCAUCAGCCGGCCCACGGAGAAGAAGAUCUUCAUGUUGUUUAUGGUCGUGUCCAGUGUGGUGUGCAUCUUCAUGUGCAUCUGUGAGAUGGUCUAUUUAAUCGGAAAACGGAUCAAAAAACUCCUCAAGAUUCGUCACGACAACCAGAGGUUACUGUUUGCAGAACAACACGAGCUGACCACCUUUGCUCCUCCACGCUCCCAGUACAAAAAGACUGACCCCACACUGGGAGACAGCCAGCUCAGCCUGAACCGGAAGGAGAAGAUCAGAGAGGGCUGCACCACGACCACACUAUAG